CAAACCGCGCACGGUCUCACAAAUUCCACUAUAUAAUGUUAAAUUAAUCAUAUUUAUACCUAAAUAUAUAUGUUAGCAAAAAGAAAUGUGGAAUUGGCCUGAGAAGUAAACAACGCCGGUGCUUUCAGCAUGAAACUGAGGAUAUGAACACACGGUGCCUACGAAAAAAAACAUCACACACGAAUUUUGCCGUCAUCGAACUCAAACUCCCAGACUCUCGAAAAAUCAACAAUCCUUUUGUUUCGGGCAAAAGACGUAAUAAAAUCGGAACCCGGGCGGCAGCUUCAGAAACAAAUAAAAUUAAGCAAAACUAAGCGACAGAGCAUCGAACACCUCGACACCCACUCAAAAAAAGCUUAAGACAUUCCAAAAAGGUAGCCACAAAAGGGGCUACAAAAAAAUAAAAUAAAAUAAAUUAAAAAGAAACAGUAGGCAGCUGGCCAUCUUGGGCUACAAGCACUUGACCGGAUUUCGGAAGGUGGCAGGUUUUAAUCACUCUGGAUCAGCCGCAGGAUAUGGAAGUUGAUGCGCCAACAGCGCAACAAACCAGCGACAAUUAUCUCGAGAAUCAUCUUGACCAUCACCAUCAGCUUUAUAGACAUCAUCUGCACAACUCGGAGUCAUCAAUGAAUUUCGAUUAUUUGCAAGAUCUGAGGGCCGGCGCCAUGGCCUCCUCAUCCACAGCAGGAUCCGGAGGAGGCGGCGGCAAUGGCGGGAACAGCUCCUACGGACUCGUCGACGACAGUAGAGCCUUGGACAGACCAUUUAACGCCAGCGAGAGAUUUGUCAACAUACUGGAUCAGUUGGAUGCCCGGGUGGAGAAACUGCGCAAAGAUGCACUUAACUUGCAGGAGAAGAAAGACUACCUCUUGAUGUCCAUGGAUCUGAUCAAGAGCAACGAAAUGAUGCAGAACAUGAGCGAAGCUGAACGUGAGGAGAUCAUGUUGUACAUCCAGCGAGUAAGCUCACGUUUGGGCACCGUGGAGUUGAAUGUGCGCACUGUGAGGGACAACUCGCAGGAGGAUUCACUUAGCCAAAUCAAUGCAUUGAUCGACACAAUGAUCAAAACGGGCGAUCCUGUCAUCGCACGCCAGCGAUGCCAGUUAUACUUAAAUGCCUGCUGCAGCACAUCGAUGGACUCAUCGGGCCAAUUGGAUACCGUGCCCGAGGCCGACUUGGGGCCCAUCGAUAAGAAGUUCGAGAGCGUUCUGCUCGGCUGCACUCUUGACGAUCAGAAGAACAUCAAGAAGCGAUUGCAGGCCUUGAUGGGUUAUCUAAAUAAGCAAACUGUUAGCCAUUAAUUUAAUUGUUUUUUGGUCCAUUAACUAUUCAUAGCAUUAUUAUCAAACCAAACGAAUUACAUCACCAAGCCAGAGGAAACGAAUAAUAAACAAAACAUAUACACAA